AUGGAUAAUGGGACCUCACAAUUGUCUCAAUUCUUGUCAUUUACACUAAGUAAUGUCGAAGAAAUAGAAGAAACAUUUUUCAACCACAACAGAUCUCUUGAUCUAAUCAACCUUUACAAAAAAUAUAAAUCCAAAAUUGGAACAUAUGAGGUGCUGGAUAGGAAUUAUAAAAAGUUUGUUGAUAAAAAUGCGAAAACAGAUAGAGGUCGUACAAACUUUGAAUUUGAAAAAGAAUUUGAAGAAAUUUAUGGUGGCAAAUCAAAUGUUUAUCCUCAGGUUCUUUUGUCUAGCGAAACCGAAGUUGUUUUACAUCUAGACGAAGAAGAAAAUACACAUGAGGUUGAAAAUGAUCAACAAGCACACUCUGCACAAGCACCUUCAGAAACACCUAGCUCACGGUUCUAG